CAUACCAAUCAUAUCCCUUAAUUGUAAGCACGUACAAGAGCUCUUUUAUAUCAAUGGCAAUGAAAUUUACCAUCUUAGUCUCCAUUUUGGUCCUUGUUUUAAUAGCAGCACAAGCUGACGAAGCUCAAGGCCUCGGAACUAUUACUGCUGCGGUUAACAUCAGCGGCAUUGUAACUUGUUCUGUGAAUGGCAGUGCUAAUGCCCCUCCCUUCGCAAAUGCUCUAGUCGAAUUAUCUUGUGGCGGAAAUGUGAUAGCCUCAGCCGUAACAAAUGCGCAGGGAGUAUUCAACAUCACUGUCAAUCCACUUCGAGUUACUCUCACCAACCUUUUAUCAUCCUGUAGGAUUAUUGUUGCUACACCACUCUCGAAUUGUAACGCGACUGUAACGCCCUGUGUUUUGUACUUUCUAUUUAUAGCUUGUCUUACUCGUGUUGCUAAUUUUGGAAGCUUUGUAUCAUUGUACUCGUUCCUUCUAGUACUCGUUGUAAACUCGAGAUUUUGAUCAUGAAUGAAAACUUGCAUUUCCUUGUUACA